UCACUUAAUGAAAAAAUUAUAUUAAAAAUGUUUCGGAAAUACAGUUUUGAAAUUAAUCCGAUAUGAUGACGUUCGAAAUAAACAAAGAAAUGGAAUUAGAAAAUAUUUAUUUCAGAACCAGCUCAGAAAAUUUAGAAACAACACGACGUAAAUAAGCUUUUUUAAAUGAAGAUGUCAUCAACAUUAAUUUCAAAUUAUUCUCAAGUUAUUCUUAAGUAAUUCAUUGUAAUUUAUGGAAUAAAUAUCAUGCAAAAACCCCUGAAUGAAUUAUGUGAUUAAUAAUUAUAUUUUCUACCCUACGAUAAGAUAACCUCCACAUUUUGACAUUUCUACUGGAAGCAUUGCGAGCAUCUGUACUUAGUAUUAUUUUCCAGAUUAUUUUAUUUUAAAAAACAACGAAAGUACUUCAAAAAAUGUCCAGAAAUGCUAUUUCGCGGGAAGAAAUAGCCAAGCAGUUUCUGUUGCCAGAGAGGCAAUCUAAAAUUGAUACACUUCUAAAGCAAGAUGGCCAAGCCUACUGUUUUUGCAGAUCAUCAGAUAGUUCCAGAUUUAUGAUAGCUUGCGACGCCUGUGAAGAAUGGUACCAUGGCGACUGCGUGGAAAUAUCUGAGAAAAAGGCCAAACUUAUUACACAGUACUUUUGCUUCCGAUGCCAGGAAGAAGAUCCUACUCUUGUAACAAGGUGGAGGAACAAAAGAGAUGAUGGUGACAGGACCGAGAGGACAGAAAAACAAACAAACAAUGAAGAGAAUAAAGAGAAAUCGAGAAAACGCAAAGAAAGAAGUGAGAACAAAAACGAUAAAAAGGUAAAAAAAUGUGGAGAAUGUGUGGGAUGUUACAAAACUGAGGACUGUGGCAGAUGUGAUGUUUGUACUAGAAAAAAUAAACAUAAUUCUUCUAGACAAAAGGAAAGGUGCAAACAGAGAAUCUGUGUCAAUUUUGGAGGGUAUGUGAACUUAUUGGCAUUUAAACUAAUAUUAAGAUUGUUUAUUUUAAGGAGUCGGAGAAAAAGGAAAGAUUCAAGUGAUGAUGAACAGUCAUAUAAUGCUCAUUUAAAGACAGAUUAUCCCAGGCAAUGUUAUGGUUUAAAAUGUGUGAAAUGUGCCAGGUAUGGGUCAAAAUAUUGUUCUGAUGAGUGUGGACUGGAACUAGCCAGAACUAGAAUUCUUCAAGUGCUACCACAGAGAUUGCAAGAAUGGUCUUUGGGUCCUUCAAUUGUUGAGGAACAUAAUAUAAAAGCUUUGGAUCAAGUGCGAAAACAACAGUCAGAAGUAAAGCAAAUUCUACAAGAACUAGACAAACAUCAUAGAGAACUGGAUGCAAUAGUUGACAGAGCCAAAAACGCGGUGAUCGAUCCGAAUCAAGUAAACGAUAACGAAGAUGAGGGAGAAAUGUCUAUGUACUGUAUAACUUGCGGCCACGAAAUACACUCAAGAACUGCAAUUAAACAUAUGGAAAAGUGCUUUAAUAAGUAUGAGUCACAGGCUUCCUUUGGAUCAAUAUUCAAAACAAGAAUUGAGGGCAAUAAUAUGUUCUGUGAUUUCUAUAAUAGUGUAAAUAAAACUUAUUGCAAGAGAUUAAGAGUUUUGUGUCCAGAGCACUGUAAAGACCCAAAAAUUAGUGACACUGAAGUAUGUGGGUGUCCGUUGGUUACUAAUGUGUUUUCCACAACAGGAGAGUUUUGUAGAGCCCCAAAGAAAUCUUGUACAAAACAUUAUGUGUGGGAGAAACUAAGAAGAGCAGAAAUUGACUUAGAAAGAAUGAGACAGUGGUUGAAAUUAGAUGAGCUUUUGGAAAAAGAAAGACAGUUAAGAACUAGUAUGGCAUCUAGAGCUGGAGUUUUGGCAUUGAUGUUACACUCAACCUACAACCACGAAGUGAUGGAAAAAUAUACUAAAAUGAAUCAGGAACAAGCUGCCAUGCAAGCAAUGCAAGAACAACUAAAUCAUCAGUGAAUUUAUAUCAUUCAAUUGUUAACUUGAACUAAAAUUGCUUUGUAAUACUUUAAUAAUAAAAGGUUUUUAAUUUUU